AUGAACACGCCUGCUAUCACGAUUAGUACCCCUACUUCCAGUCACAGUCAUCCAGAAUCCCAAACAUCUCCGGAACCCUUCAUCGGGGGCUUCAUUAACCCAGCCGACCUCAAACGCUCACCCAAUGACCCGUUUCAUGUAGGGCCUCCAGGGUCUGCUGGCCCAUCUUCACCUACUUCACCGAGUAUCCCGAAGAAGCCCAAACCACCACACGUACUGGUCGGUUCACACCCAUACGAUGUCCUUGUGCGGUAUAACACGGUGUUCAUCGUGGAUGAUAGCGACUCCGUGAGCGGCACCGAGGAGGCCGAUGGCUGUUGGCUUGCCCUCAAGUCUCUUGCACACGUUGCGAACAAAUACGACAUGGACGGUGUGGACGUCCACUUCGUUAACAGCAAGAAAGUUGGCAAGAAUCUCAAGCAUACGAAACAGUUAAGCGAACUUUUCCGAUCUGUGACGAAAAAGGGGGACUGCAACCUGGGCAAAGCUCUCCAAGAUAUACUAUCCGAGUAUGUCAAACGCCUCGAGAAAGCAUAUAAGGAGAAGGAUUUGGGUAAACGUGCCAAACUGAUGGGCAGCAUCCGGCCGGUGAACUACAUUGUCAUCACACUCGGCGAGAUUUCUGACGAGAAGAAGCUGACGAAAGCCAUCGUCAGCGCUGCCAAACGUAUGGAUGAACUAGAAAUCUCUAUCACACAGAUGGGUAUCCAGUUUAUACAGCUGGGCGAGGGCGAUCGACGUUCUGAAGAUGCCAGCAUCGCCAAGUACUUCCAGAAGCUCGACGACGAGCUUGAGGGAAAGCAUCGCAUACGCGAUAUGGUGGACACCGCAUAUUUCGACUACUAUCAACAUGAUCACUCGGGGUCUCUAGAUGGUUUGGAAGACGAUGAACUAAUGAAGUUCAUUCUCGGUGGCGUCAAUCGUCAUUUAGAUGCAUGUGCCAGUCGCGAGAUUGAUGAUACCCCGUACUAACGCAGCUGUAUAAUUGUAUCCAUAUCUUAAAUUACUAAGUUAU